AAGGCGCUGUGCUCGCUGUCCUGAGGGUCUGAGGCUCGGCCAAGGCGCCAUCCGGCCUGACUCUGUCUCGGCGCUGGCGCUGGCGCAGGGGCCGCCGUACCCGGGCCCCACCUUCGCCUACAGACUCCGCCGGGACCGUCGCGCUGAUGGGUCCGAUUCAGGUUCCACGUUCAGAAGAACCACUUAUGGACCCUGCACGGGGCCCUGUGACCUUUGAGGACGUGGCUGUGUACUUUUCCCAGGAGGAAUGGAGGCUUCUUGAUGAGGCCCAGAGACUCCUGUACCACGAUGUCAUGCUGGCAAACUUUGCACUUGUUGCCUCAUUGGGUCAUUGGCAUGGAGCAGAGGACAAGCAGACACCGUCUGAGCAGAAUGUUUCUGUAGACGUGCGACAGAUAAAUACUUCAAAGGCAGACCUGUCCACUCAGAAGGCCUGUCCCUGGGAGAUGUGUAGCCUGGCCUUAGAAGGUGGUUUGCAUCUAGCUGAGGACCUGGGAACAGACCCUGGUCAGAAACUGUGUGGAGCAGAUGUGAAAUUUCACCAGCACAGUGGAGAGAAACUCUUUAGAAGAGACAUGGGGAAGGCGUUUAUGAGGAGCUGCACAGUUCAUGCAUUGGAGAAAGCUUUUAUGUGCCAACAGGCUAGGAAGGAUUUCUGUCGUAGCUCUGGCCUUAUAGAGCACCAGGUCACUCCACAAAAGAAUAGUGAGUAUGUGGAGGCCUUUCGCAAUGGAGAAAAGCGUCACAAGUGCAGUGAAUGUGGGAAAGCCUUCUUCCGUAAAUCCAGGCUUGCUCAGCACCAAAGAGUCCACACUGGAGAGAAGCCUUAUGAAUGCAGUGAAUGUGGGAAAGUCUUUAGAUGCAACUCCAAUCUUAUUAUACAUAGAAGAGUUCAUACUGGGGAAAGGCCUUAUGAGUGUAGAGAAUGUGGGAAGUUCUUUAGGCAAAAUGGUCAACUUAUUGUGCACCAGAGAAUUCACACUGGAGCCAAGCCUCAUGAGUGUAGUGAAUGUGGGAAAAGCUUCAUUACUAAAAGCAAACUUGUUCAACACCGGAGAGUCCACACUGGGGAGAGACCUUACAAAUGUGGAGAAUGCAGGAAAGGCUUCACCUAUAAACGCAUGCUUAUUCAGCAUCAGAGAGUCCACACUGGAGAGAGCCCUUAUGAGUGCAGUGAAUGUGGGAAAAUGUUUAGGUACAUCGCCAGCCUUGUUAAACAUAGAAGAAUUCACACUGGGGAAAGGCCUUAUGAGUGUAGUGAAUGUGGGAAGUCCUUUAGGCAAAAGGCCCACCUUCAAGUCCACCAGAGAGUUCACACUGGAGCAAAGACUUACAAGUGCAGUGAAUGUGGGAAAUGUUUUAGCCAAAACUCUAUUCUCACUACGCACCAGAGAGUUCACACUGGAGAAAGGCCUUAUAAGUGCAGUGAAUGUGGGAAAUGUUUUACCCAAAGCUCUACUCUCAUUAAGCACCUGAGUUCACAUUGGAGGAAAACCAUAUGAGUGCACUGAAAGGAGAAUUCUUUAGCCAAAGCACCCAGCUUACUCCCACCGAAAUGUUCACACCACAGAAAGGUCUCACCCGUGCAGCAAAUGUGGAAAAGUUUUCUAAGGUCUGCUCUGACAGAGCACCAGGAACUUCACAGCCCAGAUAGACCCUAUGAGUGCAGUGAAUGUAGGAGAGCUUUCAGCCAAAGGUCUUACCUCAUUGGACACCAGAAAGUUCCUGCUGGAGAAAGGCCUUCAAAUGAGAUGAGAGCAGUGAAUGAGCUGUCUCUUUAGUUAAUACGUCAUCCUGCAUAGGCUCUGUGAGGGAGUCCUCCACUGGAAGUUGAUGCCAUCCAUCUGCACAGCCAUAAUGUGGAGAUUGCCUAUGAGUACCAGAUUCUCAGGAAGCUUUUAAUUGAAGGAGCUACACUCUACUUUCUGACCUCCCAGGGCCCUUGGCAGACUUAAUGUCACUGUGAGUGAGUUUCUUCUACCAAGUGGCAGAUUCCAAUAUUGGGCAUCAAUUACUGCACUGUGAUCAGGGUAUGUAGACCUUUGUGCUCUUUUCUCCCCAGUAGAAAAGCAUGAAUAGCCUGAGCACUUGGGUGUUAUUCUUUUCUGUCAACUGGCUAGGACAGGACCUAGGCAGCUUUGACGGAGGUGACCCAAUCUGGGUUCUUUUGGCAGCUUACAGAGGUUUACUUUCUUUGGUGGUAUUGUCUCAUGUCAUGCUCACAAUGGAUGUUUCUAGCUCCAGGUCUCCCUGUUUGGGAACUGUCUGCCCCCAUUUGCUCUGCUCUGUGAAAAAUAAAGACUAUAGUUUAAGCCAUGUCUUUUGUGGGUGUUCCAAUCUUUGUAUUCCUCAGUAAAGAUAGUAUUAUGGUAGAGAAUAGUUUUCACUUCAGUUUUGGUCUAAUUUGAAUUGUUUCCCAAAGCCUCCUGGGGUGGACUACAGGGCUUUGAGGGACUAAUGAUGAGACCUGGAUGUCAGAAGAUUUGGUGGGUCUUGAGGUCACCCUGAGAUGAGGACAGUUGUGAGAGCCAGCAGUGAUUUUAGAGCAGCAUGAAUUGUUCUCUUUUUCACAUGGGCUGUCACAUCAUGCCCCCAGUACUGUUCAAGAGAAGAAGUUCUCUAGGUCCAGCUGGAAAAGAGCCAUAUGCCAUAAUGUCCACAACACUAUAGACUGGUGUUGCUAAGUGUUAGGUUAUAGACAUCUGGUGGGAACCAUAUUUGGUACAGAAACACUCAGGGAAUAAAUAGCCAGUGAGAGACUAGCAAACAAACCUGGAUGAACCUAUUCUAAAUUGUAUGCAUGAAUGUUCCUGUGACUGGCUGUUUAGGAUAAGAUUUUUGCAGAAAUUGUCAGGAGUUUCAGAGCUGUUUCUCUCUUCCUCAGCCUGCAGUCAUUGUCAGGCUGAAUAAUGUAAAGGUUUUGGGAUUCCAUAGCUUGUGCAAGUUGUUUUAUCUCAGGGCCAUUGUUGCACAGUGAAAACAAUGGGGAAUGAGAGCGGAAAUCAUGUAGUCCAGGCCUGUGAUUUUUAGGACCUAGGCAGACAUCCUGGAUAACUCAGGAAACAUCUGUAAUUGCUCUGCAGUCUUCAUUGCUAGUGCAACAGAAUCCCUCCCAUGAGACAAGGAAAGGUGGUGGAGUUAACAUGUGGUUACAACAAUUCUAUUGAAAAGGAGAUUCAGAUUUUUAUGUGAAGCCAAUUUCUAUUAAACUUAAUUGAGCUGUAUAGUUUGUAUGCAUUGAACAUACCUAAAAUGUACAGCUUGGUUAAAUUUUAAUACUUGUAAACCCACAGAACCAUUAUCAUGAUUACAAACAUCCAUCACUCCCAUAUUCCACCUUCUGACAUCCGUCUUAAGACUCCUAGGCAACUAAUAUUGAUUUAAUUUUUUCCCAUUCAACUAGUUAGUGUUUUCUAGACAAUAUCAUUGGGGUCUUAAUGUUUACUUUUAUAUUUGUCUUUUAUCAUGAUGCAUAAUUAUUUUGAGAAUCAUCUAAGUUGCUCAUAUGUAUAAUUCACAUUUUUCCUGAAAACUAUGCUGUUUGGAUAUACCAUCCACUGACUGAACAUUUUUGUGUUCAUUUGCCAGGUGCAUGUCUUCUUUGAUAAAAUGUGUCUUUUAUUAGUAACCGAGAAGGCAAAAAUCUGUUGGAACUUGACUUUUCUAUAGUGACUCUGCUGGGUGGAAUAAAUGUU